UCUACUUCCUAUACAUCUCUGAAAGUGGUUUAUUUUUUAAUUAAGAGAUGGCACUAACUGGUAAGCUUAGCACUGAAAGUGCAAUCCAGUCACCAGCUUCAAAGUUCUUUGACCUCUUGGCAAAGAAACUCCACGAUGUUCAAAACGUCUGUGAAAGAGUGCAUGCUGGCAAGCUGCAUGAAGGUGAUGACUGGCACAGCGUCGGUGGUUCGGUCAAACACUGGACUUAUGUCAUAGAUGGUAAAGUAAGUAAAGAGACUAUUGAAAGUAUUGAUGAACAGAACAAGACAGUCAUAUUCAAACUCUUUGAUGGAGAUAUCGAUCAACGCUACAAGGCCUUUAAGAUUAUUUUUCAAGUGAUUGAGAACAAUAAUGGAGGUGGUUCGGCUAAAUGGACCGUUGAAUAUGAGAAGGUCAAUGAUGAUGUUGAAGCUCCAUAUGGCUACAUGGAAUACUUUGACAAGUGUAGAAAAGAAAUGGAUGUUCAUCUUCUCCAGGCAUAAGCUACAACAAUUAACAAUAAUAAUAAUAACAACGUGUUUGGGUAUAAAGUUAAUAAAGUGUGUUGACUGUGUUUAUCUUAUUAGUAUAAUCUGUGUGAACUUCAUCGUAAAGAAUAAUAUCGAUGUUUGUAUCGUUUGCUAUUCUUCGUUUGAAUGAAUGAAUUGAAU